AUGCUGCCUACGCUGCCUACGCUGCCUACGCUGCCUACGCUGCCUACGCUGCCUACGCUGCCUACGUCGCCUACGCUGCCUACGAUGCCUACGCUGCCUACGCUGCCUACGCUGCCUACGUCGCCUACGCUGCCUACGCUGCCUAUGAGGACUCUGAGCGGCCCAGUUCCUGAUUUUCGCAUCAGGGCAGAAUUCGAAGACGUCAAGGCUCUCGAAACUCGCAAUUCGGACAAGGUAGCAAGCCUACUGGAGGAGCAGGCUAACACCUUAUCCAGCCUCGAGGAGGCACGAGCGAGGGAGAGGACCUUGAAGCCUGGAUCUGUGCUAGGUCGGCGAGGGAGAGGACCUUGA